AUGACUGCUCUUGGCAGAGCUAACACUGAUCUCCGCUCUUGCGAAAAGACGGGCAGAGGGGGAGUCUUCGGCCCCAAGGACUUGUUUAAAAAACAUUACUAUCAACCGAUGUGGACUUUGGUCGGGGCAGGGGCAAAGCAGCUAGCAACAUCUGCAAAAGCAACAACACUUGUGAUUCCUUCUGGUGUCAAGUGGAUCCAGUCCAGAGUUCAAAAGCUGGAUCCAGACGAGAACUGUGUCUACUUGGAAAACAACCAAAAAAUAUCUUAUAAGUAUCUUAUCAUUGCUCUUGGGCUCCAGCUACACUAUGAAAAGAUCAAAGGCUUGCCUGAAGGUUUCAAAUACCCUAAAAUAGGUUCCAAUUAUUCCAUUCACACAGUAGAGAAAACGUGGAAAGCUCUCCAAGACUUCGAGGAAGGAAAUGCCAUUUUCACUUUUCCAAACACGCCGGUGAAGUGCGCAGGCGCACCCCAAAAGAUCAUGUACCUGUCAGAUGCCUACUUCAGAAAGACCGGAAAGCGACCCAAAGCCGACAUAACCUUCAACACAGCGCUCGGUGUAAUAUUUGGUGUGCAGAAGUACGCUGACGCCCUGCUCGAGAUAAUCAAGUCAAGGAACAUUACAGUUAACUACCGACAUAACCUCGUAGAGGUUCGAGCCGAUAAACAGGAAGCUGUCUUUGAGAACUUGGACAAACCUGGAGUGACGGAAGUCUAUCAGUAUGGAAUGCUUCAUGUCACGCCACCUAUGGGCCCCCCUGAUGUACUCCUCAACAGCCCGGUCUCUGAUGCUGCUGGCUGGGUCGAUGUAGACAAGGAAACGUUGCAACAUAAAAAAUACCCAAACGUGUUUGGGAUUGGAGACUGCACUAACCUCCCUACCUCAAAGACAGCUGCAGCUAUAGCUGGCCAGUCUGGAGUACUUGAUAAAACCAUUUCUUCCAUAAUGAAAGGCAAAACUCCAACUAAGAAGUACGACGGCUACACGUCCUGUCCGCUGGUAACAAACUACAACAGGGCAAUCCUUGCAGAGUUUGAUUACAAUGCACAGCCUUUAGAAACGUUCCCCAUUGACCAGAGCAAGGAAAGACUGACAAGUUUUCAUAUGAAAGCCAACAUGAUGCCGCCUCUUUACUGGCAUGGGCUGCUGAAGGGAUUCUGGGGAGGUCCUGCUCCAAUAAGGAAACUGCUACACCUAGGGCUGAAAUAAUCUUCAUUUUCUGUCUCAAUAACCAACAACUCCAGCAUAUCUUAACAGGCACCACAGCCUCCAGGAAGCAUCCAGGGGGUGGAUAUUCAUUUCUUUCUGCACAAAUAAAAUCAUUUUCACUGCAGGAACCUGUGCUUCAGGGUCAUC